UUUUAUUAAAUAAAUAAUUGGACGCAUUUAAAAUAUUUUAUUAUGAAUUUAAUUUAAUUAUUUAUUCAAUUAAUUUUUUUAUCUGGUGGACACUCAAAUAAAAUAAUAGGAUUGUAGAUUUAAGAAGAAGCUCUCUUGAAACUAGAAAGAAGAGUAUUAGUAGUAGAUUUUUAUUUUUAAAAUAAAAUUUGAAAAAAAAUGAUUUGAAAAAGGGAAAAAUGAAUUUCAAUAUUAUUGCAAAAGAUCUGCAAGAAAAUUUUGGAAUUUUACAAGAAUAUGCCAUCGGUCCCUCAUCAUCCUUGUCAAAUGACUGCAUUGAAUGUUUGGUGCCUACAGACUGGGUAGAACAAAACCAUCAUGCACAUCACUGUUUUGUUCCUCAAGUAAAAUCUUCAACCUAUCAGAAUGUGAGCAAAAGUCUUGCUGUCAUGCUAUUGGCUAAGGCAACAGCCAAUCAGCAUUUAGAUGGCUUUACCCCUGUUACAAUUCGUUCAAUCGAAAAACAAGAUAAAAUGGUGGAAAGUUUGGUAGAAGAAAGUUUAACGGCAUUUGAAAGAUCGUCAUCCCCAUUGUCAUCGCCUUUUAGCUCAAACAUUUCCACUUAUAUUAAAAUAAAAUCAUUUAUUUCUGACCUGCAAAAGCAGUGUUUAAAUAGGAAUGCUAGGGAUGUUUGUAAAAAUGCGUUGCUAUGCAGCUCAGGGACUUCUGCCUGUGUCAAAAAGUUGACGAUUAAGCACCACAAUGACCUCGUAAGAGAUGUCCUUUUAAAACUCUAUGGCAGAUUCCCACUGCCGAGUGAGGAUUUUUUAAAAAAUUGCUCAGACGAUCAUUUUAAAAAGUAUUACUCUAAAAAUCAAGACAACAACAGCAACAACAACAAUAAUAAUAAUAAUAAUGUCACAAAUAAUAAAAAUAACUGUCAAAGCAGUGCUAAUACCAUCUUUUCACCGGCACAUUCAUGCAUAUAUCCAGUAUUUUUCACAGCAGAGACAGUUAGCCACUUCUACAUAUUCCAACCUCAGUGCAAAUACACAUUGAGUGACCUGCUGGCAUUCAGUCCUCUUAAGUUAUCAGAAAUUCCUAGCCAGAUGUUAGUGGUUUAUGAAAUUUUAUCGUGCGUGCGGUUUCUACACUCUCUGGGUCUUAACAUUGCUAAUGUACGUCUGAGGGAUUUCUCUGUUGAUGAUUUACUCUGGCUGAAGAUUAUGAAAUUUGAUUUUAAAGCUUUUUAUCGAAACUGCAAACUGCCGCAAAACCAAAUUAACGCCAAACCACCUAUUAACAGUUCCUCAUCAGCAAAUACUCAAACACUACUGUAUAAAAGUAAUCUACUCCAAGUCACUCAGUAUACUCUGCCAUCACUGACCCGAGAUUGGAUGUUUGGUGGUUUGUCGAAUUUCGAUUACCUAAUGGCUCUCAAUAAAUUAGCAGGUAGAAGGGUGUCGGAGCCAAACCACCACCCGAUUUUACCAUGGGUCAUUGACUUCUCAGGCAAGCCGUCCACAAAAGCCAAGCACAGAGAUCUGACUAAAUCAAAGUACCGCCUCAAUAAAGGGGAUGAGCAAUUAGAUCUGACGUUCGACUCGACAAAUCCGGAAUCGGUUAUGUCCCAUCCCAAUCAGACACCAUUCCACGUAUCCGACUACCUCUCCGACAUCGCCUACUACGUGUACAUCGCUCGUUCCACUCCCAGUGACGUCCUCUGCCGGAUAGUUAGGCCCCGUUGGCAACCCACCCACUACCCCACGAGUAUAUCCCGCCUCUACGAAUGGACCCCAGAUGAAUGCAUUCCGGCUUUUUAUCUAGACGGAGUGACCACCUUCCACAAUUGCCACAACGACCUCAAUGACCUGGAAAUCCCCAUGUGGAGUUCCAAUGUUGAGGAAUUUCUGGAGGUCCAUAGAAUGGUGCUGGAGAGUGAGGAGGUGUCUAAACAGCUCCAUAAUUGGAUUGACCUGACGUUCGGUUACAAGUUAUCCGGCUUGGCAGCAGUAGAAGGCAAGAAUGUCUGCCUGCAGCUUGUGGAUAAACACCAAACUCUCUCCAAUCACGGCGUCGUGCAACUUUUCUCACUCCCGCACCCUAAAAAAAGAUCAAAAAUAAAAGAUAACCUACCUAACUCGAACGAAAAAAUUUUAAAUAAAUAUACCGAAUUAUUUUCAAACGAAUCGCUCGCCGAUAAAACGUGCGUUAAUUUUAAUUUCGAUGAUUUAAAAGUCGAAAAUGUGCCUUUGAAUUUUGAUUUUUUCGUUGGAAAUGAUGGUAAAGACGUUGAUGAUGACCGUGAUGUUGAUUGCUCUACGACGAUUGCAGCUAACAGAAGCUUGUCGGAUAAAGUAGAAAAAAAUGACUCGCCAUCCACUGGAGACUGCAUAAAUAAUUUGCUGGAUUUGGAAGAAUUUCUCGAUUUCUCAUUCCACAUCACUAAUAAGUUCGAUCCUCAUCUUCAGUUUCCAAAAGAAGAAAAUGUAAACGAGUCCUCGGACGUCAUCCUAUCAGUAAUAACCCGCGACAUGCAAUUUCUCGGCUGCUUAUUGGUUGAACUUUUUCAAAUGACCAUCAACUUUCACCUAACCCCUGACCUCUCACCUCUGCAACAAAGAUAUGAGUUAGCUGUUAGCUACGUUAACAGCCACUUUUUCAAAUUUCCCUUAUUCAUUAGAAACUGCAUAAAAUAUUUGUUGAACCUACCGCCAAAUAUGACGACGACGACCAACCAAGUGGUCUCGGCCACUCCAACAUCAGCUACCAUAACAUCGUCAACGACAAUCAAUUUGGUACAACCUGAGAACACUCCGACCACUGCGGUCGAAGUUAGGAAUGAGUUGGACCUGGAGAUAGGAGCUGCAUUCACGUAUCCUGCUGUCACAUCAUUCAACGACCUUCCACUGCCCACAAUUGACAUCAUCCUCUCUCCCUUCACUGGAAUCUUAAACAUUCCUGACUACUUGCCCAAAUUGUAUGACUGCCUGUCCGCAUGCCAGCUAUCCUUCUCACCUCCGUUUAAUAUCAAAACUCUAACUAAAAAGACGUCCGAUCCUACUCAGAAACUCAGCGAAAGUGGUGUCGAAGCGCUGAGUGAAUUUCUUUUGAAGCAUCUACUCGUGAAGCAAGUUACGAAAUGUUUGCUGGUUGACAGUGUCGUCCUGCCUUAUGUUAAGAUUUACAUGAAUCCCGCCACUCAAAAUAUUUCGUGUGGUGAUAAUAAUAAUAAUAAUAAUAAUUAUAAUAAUUUACUGGUCGUUGAAGCCACUUGGAGGUUGUUCCACCCAAUAUGUCGGUGUCUGUCUUAUAAAAAUAUCUUGCAUCAUUUACUGCCCCUCUUGGUGAAGUUAUUUAGCUUGGACGAAACAGGCGAAGGGUUUUUAAAAGUUUAUCACAAAGUUUUUAUCGGCCAGAUGAUCCACGUCCUCAAGUUGGAUGUCUUCUUGAAACAUUUUGCGACGUUACUAGUCGAAGCUGUUUCCGGAUUUAAAGAUUUUGCCGUCAGAGUUGAAAGUUCUGAUCGGUCGACACGGAAAGUCGGAAAGUUAGGUGAGAAGGUAAGUGGAAGAGAGGAGGAUGUAGCCGAUAACGAAAACCACUACCAUCAGCAGCAGCAGCCAGAUAGCCACGAAGUUCACAUGGUGGCUGGUGAUACGGCUGCUAAGAACAAUUACGAUUUUCAGAAUGAUGACGACGAUCUAAAGCUGUCUGAUGAGCUGGAUAAGAAAUAUUUCAAUGAUCGCCAACUGCUUCUGUUUGAUGAGGAUGAUGAUAACAGCUACCUUCCUUCAUAUUCCGAAGCUCAAAAGUCCCCGGGCAAAGACGACGACUACGUUAAGAGUCGCACUGCCUACAGCAAAACUUACUUCUACAGCAGUAGCAUCGAUAAUAUCAAUAGCAAAAACAACUACUACGACGAUGAAGAUGAUGACGAAAUGAUAAAGCUUAAAAUCGACUACAACAUACAGCCAUCAUUAUCGCCUGCCACUACAAAACCUUUAUCAUCCGAAUCCACUUCUCCACUUUCAAUGUCUUCACAGCCGAAAAAUGGCAAUCAUUCAGCCGACAAUAGCGAGGUUCUUAAUCAUUUUUGCAAUAACUUUUCCGUCAACUCUCUGAACUAUAGCCCGCAAAUGAAUGCAAAUCUAUCAAACCAACACCAACUAAACUCACAACAACCGCAAAACAACGACGACUACAGCCACCAACAACCACAGACCCAAAACAACAACAGUAACCAAAACAACAGCAGCCAAGACAGCAAAAAUGCUUCGGCUUUCAUUUCGCCAGUUGGUAACAUCCGAGAUGUCGCCAGCGACACGUUAAAAUGGCUGACGGAAAAAGUCGGGCCGGUUUUGGCGGCAAAAUAUCUAUCGAGAAAUCUCCUCAGGAUGUUGGCUCUAUGCUAUAUGUCAGAGAAGCAACUAACUGCACUCCUCUAUAAGCCUAAUUCAUUGUUAUUUGAGGCCAGUGUUACAGAUAGAUACGUUGUUGGUGAUGUAAACUCGCACCUGAUAAACGACUGCCUGCUGUACAUUGCAUCGUGUUACGGGCAGCAAGUCGUCCUCAUACAGUAUCUGGAACAUUCUAAGGAGAUGGUAGUGACGGACGAUAUAUUGCUUCCUAUGCUUGCGCUGCUUCCAGAUCACAAGGUCAUCUUCACAACUUCUUCCUUCUCACCCUCAACAUCAUCACAAUCGUCGUCAUCACCUCCUGGUUGUGAUAAUGAUACUGGGGAUAAUGCGUCUGGCCUUUCAUAUUUAAGCCGCGCCUUGAUAGCUUCAAGGAUUGUUGAUGUCGUUACGUGCAUUAGCGUCAGGCUUGGCUUCGAAAUGACUAGGCUGAAACUAGCAAAGAUCCUGAAGUUAUUUUUUGGCGGGUUCAGAUCUGUUGAAAAUCUAAUCACUGAUGAUGAAGGAGAUGAUGGUGAAAGAGACGAUGGUGAAUUGAAGUUAAAACAGCAGCUGCAACAACAACAACAACAACGUCACAGCUGCCACCAAAGACAAAAAAGUAUUGACGCCAUGUUUGUUGUCAAUGCUGACGUUUCUGCACCGUCCUCUGACGUCAUCAAACCAGACGACAACGAGAGAGGUUUGAAGAAUGUAGAAAGUCAACUCCUGCAAACAUACACGUGCGAGCUGGCUCACGUAUCCUACAUUACGUUCUGCAAAUUAGCCGGCGGGAUAUUCAUAGAGCAGACUCUUGAGAAUGACGACUUCAUCAGAAAACUCUGCAACAAGUAUGACAGACAGCAAGAGAGGCAACGUCAAAAACGACAAUCGUCAGCGUCAACAGCCGCUUCAUCAGCCACGCCACCAAUAGCGGCAGCGUCAACAGCAGCAACUACAUCGUCGUCAACGUUCUACAUCAAAUCUAAUAUAUAUGGAAAAUUAUUAUAUGAUCCUGGAAUUCCGAACAACAACAAUAAUAAUUACAACAACAAUAAUUACGACGACCCUGAUGAAGAGGACGUGGCAGUAGAAGGUAACAGAAUUAUUGUGAGGUCCCUAUCUACAGUUAUGCAACAUCAACAACAACAAAGUAUUAGUUGCUGUGAUAAAAGGUUAAACAGUGCAAUUCAACAACGACUGCAUCAGCAACAACAACCGCAACAGCAUCAACUACACUAUAAUUUAGAAUCCGAUAACUCGGGUAGGCAUUUGAAAGGGAAUUGGCUUUCAUAUUGGGAACAUGAAAUUGGUUUAAGUGAUAAGUUGCAAGAAUCGUUUAACGUUAAACAGAUUAAACUGCAGACUUUUAAAGGUCACUCGUCAGCCAUUAAGGAUAUCAUAGUGAUGAAUGGGGAGCAUUCCUUUAUGACGUCAUCCAAAGAUCAUACAGUCAAACUGUGGUCACUGAGAAAUAGAGAUGGCGGUUCUUACGAGAGUCCGUGCCAAUCAACAUACAGUUCUCACAAAAAGCCAAUAUCGUCAAUGUUAUACAUGGAUAUGUUGCGAACUGUUGCCUCUACUGACGGCUCUGUUCAUAUAUGGGACCCGUUUAACAUGGCAGUAGUUAGGAAGGUGCCCUCAAGCAGAAUGCCCCCCAUAAACCUCCUCGCCAGCCUCCCCCACCCCUACUCUUCCUUUGCCGUCUCUUCUAACGACUCUGUCGUCAGAUUUGUGGAUGUUAGAUCGGGCAAAUUUACUCAUUAUAUGAAAACAUCCAUCGUCCCUUCUGGAUUCAUCCGCAGCAUGUCUACCUUGAACAACAUCAUGGCCAUAGGUUUCUCUUCUGGCAUAGUGACCUUGCUUGACCUCAGGUCGGGAGGUCACAUUUCCUCGUGGAAAGGUCACGACUCGGAAAUUUACGAGAUAAAAAUAAUGGAGGAAGGAAAUAGAUUGGUCACGUGUUCGCUGGACCUUUGUGUUGAUAUGUGGUCACUGCCGAGUGGAAAGUUGAUGUUUCCAUUUAAGGGCAUAUUCGAAUGCGCUCAUUGGUUGAAUUUUCCAAGCAACUGUCACGUGGUAUCUGGUAGUCUGUCCAAUAAGAUUUACAUGCACACAAUAUCCGAAACAGCUAACCAGGAAACCACGAGCGUUAAAUUGAAAUCAGACCUUAUAAAAGGCAAUAUCUCCUCGCUAGCCAUUCUUCCGAUGAACCAUCUGCUGUUGGUUGGUUCCGAAUACGGUGACGUAACACUUGUCGCUUGA